AUACGGCGGACUCGUACUUGCUCUCUCUCGCUCUCUCUCUCCAUGUGUGUGUACGUACAUGCGUAAAGUGUGUAUAGCGAAUCACGACGACAUUGGCCUCUCGAGCAAAUUUGACCCCGGCGCUGCCCCGACAGCUCUUUUGGCCAAGCUCGCUCGCUCAUAUCUGUGCUGUACAUGUAAGCUAGGUAGCUGCUGCAUGUGUACCGCUAUUGACUGGGACAGAAAGAUCGAAGGAACACCAUUAAGAUUCUAAAAUGGCUACAAAUGGGUCACCGACAGGCGAGCGAAAAGUCGCUCUCAUUACAGGCAUAACAGGACAGGAUGGGUCUUAUCUGGCUGAAUUCUUGAUUGAGAAGGGCUACACAGUCCAUGGAAUCAUUAGGAGGGCAAGUACUUUCAACACGGGUCGUAUUGAACAUCUCUACAAGGAUCCAAAGACUCAUGAAGCUGGAUCCAUGGUACUACAUUACGGUGACCUGACUGACAGUACGUGUCUAGUGAAGAUUGUGAGCAGAGUCCGACCCACAGAGAUCUACAACCUUGGUGCACAGAGUCAUGUUAAGGUAUCCUUUGAAAUGGGUGAAUACUCUGCUGAUGUGGAUGGUCUUGGAACAUUGAGACUCCUGGAUGCCAUCAGGACCUGUGGUCUGGAUGACUCUGUCAGGUUCUACCAGGCGUCUACCAGUGAGAUGUUUGGCAAGGUUCAAGAGAUACCCCAAAAGGAGACCACGCCCUUCUAUCCCCGUUCCCCUUAUGGUGCAGCCAAGCUGUAUGCGUACUGGAUCACGAUAAACUUCAGAGAAGCCUAUAACAUGUUUGCUUGCAAUGGUAUCCUAUUCAACCAUGAGAGCCCAAGGAGAGGUGAAACAUUUGUGACCAGAAAAAUCACAAGAGCUGUUGCGAAGAUUCACUUAGGUCAGCAGGAAGACUUGAGACUAGGAAACCUAGACUCACAACGUGAUUGGGGACAUGCUAAAGAUUAUAUAGAGGCCAUGUGGCUGAUGUUACAACAGAAAGAACCAGAAGACUUUGUAAUAGCAACCAAUCAAGUUCACAGUGUGAGGGAGUUUGUGAUAGCUUCAUUCAAAUGCGUUGGAGUGGACAUUGUGUGGGAGGGCAAGGGAGAAGAAGAAAUUGGAAAAGACAAGGCAACUGGAGUUAUACGAGUUAGAGUGGAUCCCAAGUUCUACAGACCAACAGAAGUGGAAUAUUUACAAGGUGAUCCAUCAAAGGCCGAGAGACUUAUGGGAUGGAAACCAAAGUGUUCUUUUGAUCAACUAGUGAAGGAGAUGGUUGAAAGUGAUCUGAACUUGAUGAAGAAGAAUCCAUUGGCUUAAACCCGCCUGCCAACGCUGUAAUAUCCAAGAGAGCAACAUCAUGUUUAUAAUUAUCUCUAUAUCAAAUCAUCAUCAUGCCCACAAACUCACUUUUAAUUUUUUUUUAGCAAUUAACAUGUUUUGAUCUUUUGAAGAGUAUUCCUAGUUAAUUUUGUAUGAGGUAAUGUGGUUCCCGUUGUCAUUUUUGGCUUCCAUGUGCCAUGUACAAUAAUGUUCUUUUUCUGUUAUAUUCCUUUCAAUGGUCAAAAGUAUCAUGCAGUAUAACAAAGAUACUUUCUAACCUGUAACUUGUAGGUUUAUGUCAUUUCAAAUGAAUGAAUUAUAUUUUUGAAUUUAGAUACAAAUGUUGAACAGUGCUUUGAGAAGAAAGUUGAUUGCCAUUUUGGUUUUGCCAGAAUCUACACAAUGCAUCAUGCAAAAGCUGAAUUGGUGCUUAUCAUGCUUGUUUUGAGAGUAAUCAUGUAGGUCUUAGUUGUACUGUGAUGCUCUUAUUGUCCAUUCUCCAUAUUAUGUUCAGUCUUUGUUUUUAUAGUGGUUGAUAAUAUAUUCCAAGUUCUAAGAAUUUCACUCUGAGAUUUGUAAAUCUGAAAAAAAAUGUACACUGUAAAAACUGCGGUGUUAAAACUGACACCAAUUGGUGUCAAUAGAGGACCACACCCUGAGGGGUUAGAAUUACGCCCUAGAGAUUAAACAUAACACCAAAGAGUGUAAAUGUAACAACAAAAGGUGUUGUAAUAACACCUAUAGGUGUAAAAUUAACACCACCAAUUUAACACGGUGUAAAAUAACUGGUGUGGUCCUCUAUGUACACCGGUUAACACCACAAUUUUUGCUGUGUAGUUUGGUCGAUUGGAUGUCUUUGUUUUGCUGAUCUAGCAUGUACUGUAUAGGCCUAAGCUUUUUUUUGGCUAACUUCAGUAUUUUUGUAUUCCCACAAUGUUCCAGUUCUUUUUGUUGCCAUUGCUGUACAUGAAAAUAACAACUCCUGACUGAAACAAAUACGCAAAGCUGGUAUUUAAAAAAGUUGUGAAAUUAUCUGUGCACUAUAAGGUAUUGUUAAAAUGUAAAUAGCUUUGAUCCAAUAGAGUCAAAAUAUGUGAUGUUUUUUUUUUUUUGGUGUAGGGGCAAAAUAAAAGUUUGUUGCACCAUGUACUAACUUGAAUAAAGUGUAUUGCACAAUGUUAUACUAUUUCAUCUGCAUGUGCACUAAAAUAAAUACCAAUCUACAUGCUUAACCAAAAGGAAUAAUCCACAUUAGGAGGUAAAACGUUAACUCCUUUUGUAAGCUUGGGCCCAAAUGUCCUUUGCUUAGUUGCAUAGUAUGUUAUUUUGUGUAUGUACUGAUUUCACAUCUCAUGUGGAAUGUAAAUGAUAAUUUGAAAAUUAACUCAUUUGUUUCCAGUGAUGUGUCAGCCUAUCACUUCUUUGGCACCCCUCAACUAUUCGCUCAUAUAUGUAUUGCAUCCCUUCAAGGGUAUACUCUAUUAUGAUAACUCCAGUCGGGCAUCAUUGCAAUGUCUUUCAGAAAAUUGUCUUCAUAUAUCUUAAGAUAUGACAUUUGUAGUGCGUGGUAGUAUGAUUUGUUGCUGUAAAUAUGAAAAAAUGUAUACAAUUAUGAAUGUAAGUGUAGAGAAAGAUAUAUGGAAACUUGCUGCUCACAAAUAAGUCGAGUAAAAAAGAUUAUUUUUAAGGAACCUUCAUUGUAUGCCAUGUUGUAUUCCAUUGCAAGCAGUUGCUGCCUGUAUUAAGCACUUUAAUUCUUUUUUACUAAAAAUAUUUCCAGUUUUUUUCUUAUUUAUAGACUACAUUCCAUGGCGAUAGAAUACAAAAGAAGAACAAUAUAUUUUGGCUGAAAAUGUGUAUGAACUUUAAUACCAUACUUUUCUUUACAAUUAUGUCUACAUAUCUCAAAUUUAGAAUUCUGAAUCUGGAAAUUUUUCUGAAUGCAAUCAUUAUACCACAAAUUUAUACUUGAAAAAAAAAUUGUCAUUAUAGUGCUAUAAUUGUACACUAUUGAAGAUCUUGCAUGGGCAUUUGUCACCAUAAAUGAUCUUGGAAAAUUGCCAGUCUAUUUCUCAAAUGAACUCUGGCAUUAAUUUAAGUAUAUUUAUUUAAGUAACUAUUAUAAUCAGGAAUUGCAUGAAUCAAAUGGACUUUUAUGGUGAAAAAAAGCAUUUGAUGAAAGGAAGAGAACUCGUUUUUUUUUAAAUACCUUGCUUUAAAACAUACAAUUGAUAAUGGUAUGAUAUAUUGUGAAGUGCCUUUAUGACUUGUUCGUAUACUUAUUUAAUUCCACCAACUUUUGAAAAUAUGGUGUUGGGUAAGCAACUCGUUAUAUAUUUAUACUAUUUAUUCUUCUCGAGGUUGUAGUUGGUAAUUAUCUCUUCAAGUUUUAUUAUAAUCAUUUCUAAAAUGAGAUACUAUUUUAUUUUUGCUGAUUAUAUGUAUAUGUUAAAUGAAUAUCUUAUUCUGCUAAACUGCAUAGGAAUAAAAGUUAUAACUAGUCAAAAAAAAUGAAGAAAGAAUUACAACUAUAUGUAGUGUGUUUAUGUGAUAUCUUUUUUAUGCUAUUAGAACAAGUUACAAAUUAACGAUUGACUUCAAAGAAGAUUUCUCACAAUAAGUUGGUUAUUCUUUUCUCAGAUUUUUUUUUAAAUCUCUCCUGAAAUGAGAGUUUCAUUAUAAUUACCUGAAUCUGUUUGUAAUUUUUUAAGUUUAUGUGUUGGAUGAAACUGAAAAAAGGCAAAAAUAUCGAAAUAUUUUGAUAUUGAUUUUAUUGCAGGUAUUGGAAGUUUUAAACCUGGGCUGAUGGGGAAAGUAUAUUGAUCUGCAUUGUGUAUCAUGUGUAGGGUAACAUGUCUAUUUUCGUUAGGAAUGGAGGGGUUUCUUACAUUCUUACAUUAAAUCGAUUGAACCAAAAAAUAUUUAAUUACAGUGAAAUGUUUGCAAGUUCUUCUGAAGUGCAAUGUGGCAAUGAGAAGCAUUAUUAAUCUUAUGUUAUAUCUACACAAUUAUAUAUUUUAGUGAUUGGGGACCAUUGAACAGCUUAUAAUUUUUAUGCCAUUAUUUAAAUUGUAUUUUUAGUUCACUGACCCGCCACCACCUCCCCCAUCGCCACUCUCCAACCACACUCCUUUCACACUUACAUAUUGGUAAACUGCUUACUUCACCAGAUAUUUGACAACUCUGCCUAUUCCUAUUACACUUUUUUAACACCCUUCACCCCCUAUAACCCUUCUCCCAUGUUAGCCCCCCCCCCCCCUCCCUCCAUAUCACACCCUUUCACUAACCCCCUCCCCCUGACAAAUCUGUCCACAAUCCCUUUCCCCUCCUCCUCUUAUCUGAUGUUGUCACUAGCCUGUCAUGUCCCAUCAUCGCGAUGGCAAGAGCGUGGAGAACGGGAGCAGGAGUGGACCAGAUUUGAGGCAAUUUGUCACGGAAAAAAAUAGGCGAAAAGA